AUGAAUAAUUUUUCAAAUGAUGAGACAGAAUCAGGAACUAAUUCAUAUAAAACUAUUCACUUACGACAAUCGAUAGAACGUUUGAGAACAUACGAACAAUUAUCAUUUGGGUAUAGUUCAAUAACCGAACACGAUAUGGAGUUUAUUGUCGAAGAAGGUGUCAUCAAAAAGCAAUGUAGAGUACUAAGUUUAUUUGAAUGCAAAAUAACAUCAGCUAGUGUGGCAAUCAUAGCUAAUUCACUAAAUCAAGAAAAUAGUUUACAAGAAAUUCGUCUAAAUCAUAAUUAUAUAGAUGAUGAUGGUAUUUAUCAUCUAGCCAAUUCACUUUCAAAUAAUACUAACAAUGUAAAAUUCCUUGACUUAACAAAGAAUAAAAUUACAAAUGUUGGUGCAAAACAUCUUGCCGAAAUGAUAAAAAUUCAAGUUCUUCUUGCUGAAAUCGAAGAAUUACGUACAGGUAAACGUCCAUCGGAACGUGAAACAUCACCCGAAUAUGAUCCUAACCAAGAAGUACCAUUAACAUUUCGAAAUGUUGUUGAACUUCAACAUGUUAAUCAAAAAUUAGAUAAAUUAGUACGUGAAAUGCGUGCACAACAUAAUAAUGAUGAUGAAGAUCUUAAUCGAACAAGAUUUGAUGAACUUAAAAAAGAACAUCAACAACAACAAGAAAAAUUAAAAGAAACAAAAAAUCAAUUUGAUUCAUUAGAAACACAGAUGACAUCAUUAAUUCAAGAACGAGAUUUUCUUCGUUUAUUAGUUUCACGUUCAUCAUCAUCACAAGCUACUUCAUCAACAAAUCAAACAGUUGAUAUUCAUCAAAUAGAAAAUUUACGUGAUCAAGUUAAUCGUUUACAAGAAAAAAUUGAUAUACUUACAAAAAAGAAUACACAAUUAACUAAUGAAAAAGAUGAUCUUAUCCGAACGUCAAAUGAAAAAUUUCGUUCAAUUCAAUAUGAACUUUUAACAGCACGUACCGAACUUGAACAAACUAAUGAAAAAUUAAAUUUAAUUAAUGAAGAACAAGCAACAAAUAGAUUAACUAUUGCUUCUCUUAGAACUGAAAUUCAUGGUUGGCAAGAAAGACAUUCUAUGUUGGUUCAAAUCAGAAAUAAACAAGAACAACAAUAUUUCAAUGUUUUAACUGAAUUACGUCAAUUAAAAGAUGAUAAAGCUUCAUUAGAAUGUCGUUUAAAUACAUUAGGAAACGAACGUAAAUUUGAUUCAAUAAAACAUGAACAAAUUGAAAAUGAAUGUAUGUUAUUAAAGAAUGAAAUAGUUAAAAAUGAACAAAUUCAACCAAUUAUUGAAAAACUUCAAAAUUUAGCUGAAUAUACAAAAGAAAAAACAAAAGCUAUGUUUCAAGCUAAAAUAAAUGAUUUAACAGCACAAAAUGAUGAACUAUGUCAAAGAAUAGAACAAUAUGAACGUGAAAAAGAAUUAAAUGAACGUACAUACCAAUCACGUUUAGAUGAAAUAACACAAAAUUUACAACAAGAAAAAUUAAAUCAUACUGAAAUACGAACAAAAUUUAUAACAGAAAAAGAAAAAGCCGAACAAUUACAACGACAACUUAAUGAAAUCGAAACAAAAUUAAAUACGAAUACAAAUCAAAAGACUGAUUUUGAACAACAACUUGGUGAUUAUGAAAAAGAAUUAAAAAUGCUUAAAGUUAAACUUGAUGCAGCUAAUAAUGAAUUAGAAUUAAAACAAACAUUAAUUCAAUCAGGUAUUGAUAAUGCUAAUCAAUUGAAUGUUAAUGAACAAAAAGCAAUUGAUGAACUUGAAAAAGUUAAACAGGAAUUUGCACAAAAAUCUAAUAAUUAUGAAAAUGAAAUAGAACAACUUAAACAAGAUACAAAAGUACGAACGUUUAUUAUGUCGAAUUCAAGUACCAGUCAAAGACGUUUAUAUAAAGAUUUACAAAAAAUUCGUUCCGAAGAAUUACCAGGUAUUAAUGCCACACCUAUUGAUAAUAACAUGCAUAUUUGGAAUGCGUUGAUUGAUGGACCAGCUGAUACAUGUUAUGAAGAUGGAUUGUUUACAUUAAGAAUGGAAUUUGCAGAUACUUAUCCAUUAACACCACCUAAUGUUCGAUUUACAUGUAAAAUGUUUCAUCCAAAUGUUUAUGCUGAUGGUAGUAUAUGUUUGGAUAUUUUACAACGAAAUUGGAGUCCAACUUAUGAUGUAUGUGCUGUAUUAACAUCGAUUCGUUCGUUAUUAAAUGAUCCAAAUCCAAAUUCACCAGCUAAUAAUGAAGCAGCAAAAUUAUUUGUCGAAAAUCGUCGUUUGUAUGAAUCAAAAGUUCGUAAAUUAGUUGAAGAAUCCAUUAUAGCUGAUCAAAUAAAUAGUGAUUUAAAAAUAGCUGACGAUCAAAUACAAACAAGUGAUAAAUUAUCUUGA